AUGGCAACGAUCAGCGCCACCACCGUCGGCUUCGCCGCCAGGCCGUCGCCGGCUGCAGGGCUGCCUCAGCUGAGAGUGGCCAGGGCCGCGAGGCUGAGGUGCAGCUCCUCCAAGGACCACAAGAAGGCGGCGUCCUCGGCUGUGGCUCCGGCGGUAGCCAAGGGCGCGCGGCUGCUCGUUGCGGCCCCGGCACUGCUGGAGGUGGACGAGCGGAUGUCGGCUGAGCGCACCUGGCUGGGCGACAGCCUGCUGGGGUGGAUCCUGCUGGGCGCCGUCGGCCUCGUCCUGUCCUUCCACAGCGUCUACUCCUACAUCCUCGACGACGGCGACCAGUCCGGCAGCACGCUCUGA